AUGCGUCAGAUCCUGAAAUCCAUGCGCAGGGGCGUGGUGGCUCACCAGGCGGCGGUGAAGGCGUCCAAGGAGGAAAGGGUCAUAUCAAAAGCGACUCUCCGAAAGUGCCGCGAGCUCUCAAAGCAAGCGAUCCCCGAGCUUCUGGCUGCUUUGGAGAGCACUCCCACCGCCAAGAACCUGUGGCGGUUUUAUGGGUACUUCUCGGCUUUCCUCGCCUCCAUCUACGGCCACCGAGGAGGCGUGUAUCAAAAUAUGACGAUCCAGGAGGUGGAGGGGGCGAGGAAAUCCACUUCUGAGAAGUCGUACGUCAUAAACAUCGAAAGCCAUAGGACCAACCAGGCCUACGGGCCAGCCCAGGUGGCGCUCCUGGAGGAAGAAUACGAAUGGAGUAGGCGUUUCUUGGCGCUGAGGAACAAGUUGCCGGGGGGGAAGGCGGCCAAACAUUUUUUCUUCACCUCCACGCCAAACCCCUGUAAAAACCUAAACAGUUAUUUCCAAGAGGCGUGGAAGGAGAUGAAACUGCCCGGCUGUCCGACCUUCACCGACCUUAGGACCUCGAUCGCCAGCCACGCCAAGUACACUCGCGGGGAGGAGGACCGCAUGAAAGUGGCAAAAUUCAUGUGUCACGACGUACGCACCGCCGACAAGUUUUAUGCCAUGAACCUAACUGCGAAACAGGCGAUGGAGCACAGGAGGCUCUUCGAAGGGGCGCUGGAGGGUCCGGACCUGAGUCCCAUCAAGCCGACGACGCCGGCUCCUUCUUCCUCCAGCAGGCGAAAGACAUCGACACCCCGCCGACGGAUCCUCGUGCUGUCUUCCGCCUCCGCCUCCUCCACCUCCUCCUCUGCCAGCGCAGAGGCUCCCGCCCAGCAGUAA